GAGAGAGAAAAAGAGCACAAAGCGGGUGUGUGAAGAAACUGGCUCGGAAAAGUUCAUUCUCCGAUGGUUUGUGUUUAAUUGUGGAGUGACCGUGGCGAGAAUGGGAUGGAGACGAUUAUAAGCGACAAGCAGAAUGAGAAGUUGUGCGAUUUUGUGGAGAAGGGAUGCAUGACAAACAUCAGAAUCUGCCUCCGGAAAGGUGCUGAUCCGACGAAGGUGGGCUCCAACGGGAUGACUGCCAUUGGCCUGGCUGCCAUGAAGGGCAACUACGGCAUUCUGUCGCGUCUGCUGUCCGAGACUGACCAGGGCAAGCAGAAGAAGAUGGACCUCAGCGAGUACGACACCACUCCGGACGGGAUGGAGGGCCUGGAGUGGGAUGACGAGAUCGACUCGCGCUACUGUUUCUCGCCAGACAAGGAGUGGCUGAAUCUCUACACGUACUACGCCAGGAUGUGGGAGAACUUCGGCGACAUGCUCACCACUGCCAGCAAGAUACGCGACGAUCCGCACUGCUUGGACUACCACCACUACGCUCCGAUCCACUAUGCUGCCAAGCACGGACACAUGAUCUGCGUGAAGCUGCUGCUGGACUACAAGUGUCCCGUGGACGCCGUGACGCACGCCGGCAAGACUGCCCUGCACAUCGCCUGUGAGUUUCAGCACAAGUCCGUGGUGGAGCUCCUGAUUCGCUACAAUGCCAACCUGAACCAGAAAACCUUCAAAUCCGGCGACUUUCCCCUCCUGAUCGCCGCCCGGAACGGCAACACGGAAAUCGUUUCCAUGCUGCUGAACGCCGGCGCUCUGGUUGAUGAGUGCAAUUUGCAAGAUGUCACGCCGCUCAUGGAGGCCAUCCAGAUGAGGAAUGUUUCUGCUGCGAAGUUGCUGAUUGAGAGCGGUGCCAAUAUUAAUCUUCAGGAUCGCGAGGGCCUCUCGCCGCUCUGUCUUGCGGUCAUGAGUGAAUCUGUGGAGCUGGUGAGGCUGUUGCUAGAGAGAAAUUGCCGGAUCGUGCUAUCGCACAAUCUUCUACACAAAUCAAUUGCCGCGAACAACAACGAGCUGAUAAAGUUGCUGGUUGAGGCGGGAGAUAAUGUGAAUGCGCGGGAUAGCUUUGGUCUCUCAGCCUUUGAGAAGUUGAUCACAUUUGGGAAUGAGGAGAUGGUGCUCUUCCUCUCACAGUAUGCGCCCAAGAGUGCCACGUGCUCCUCUGAGUCCACGGAAAUCUUCAUGGCCGUCAACAUCCAGUCGAAGCCAAAGUUCCAGCGAAUGCUGAAUUUGCUGCUGCACCUCAACAGUGAUAUCGAUGCCACAUUGUGGAACGAGACGCCUCUGUCCGCCACAAUUCGCGUGAAGCAGUACGACUACGCCAGGAUACUCAUCCGCGAGGGAUGCUCAGUGAGAAUCCCGCAGAUGGGCAAUGCCGUGGAGUUGCUGCGUCGCGAUGGCACGACAAUUAUACUGAAGUACCUCAUCAAUGCUGGGCUGCGCGUCUGGGACUUCCCGGACGUCGUGGCGACCAUCAAGGCGCCCCCAUGGGGUGCAAACACGCGCAGUGUGGAGCAAUAUCUCGCCUUCAGCGCUCGCAAUCCGCUGUCGCUGCAGCAAUUGGCGCGCAUUCGCAUUCGCGACGCUCUCAGACAGAGGAUGAAAUCUCUCGACAAAGUCUUUCGCUUCUCCUCCGUGGUCAACUCCAAUGUGGACUACACCAGCUCGAUGUUCGAGGAGUGUGUUCAGAGUCUGGGACUGCCGCCGCGGCUCGCGGCUUACGUGUAUAGAUUCUCGGAUUUAGAAUAAUAGUUUAGCGCGCCAAUGCUGGAAAUCCCCAAAUUACGCUCAACAGCGAGCGCCGUGCGCACAAUUUGCACUCAGUUUUCGCCUCGCGAGCGCGCUUGUGUUGUUGAAAGUGAGAAUGAUGAUGAAAAGAGUCAACAACAUAGAGACUCAAGGACGAACAAAUGGUUUUUAAUUGGGCCAAUUAAUCUUGAACACUUUCGCUCAACCAUUAAAUUGUAUGAUUGGAAAUAAUUAUACGUUCGAAUGAUUGAGAGAGAUAUUUUUAUAGUUUUCAUCUCCAAAAAUGCACUUGAAAGAUCAUUUUUUUUGUAGGAUAAAAACUAAAUAAACAUUGAGAAGAAUUCAUUCAGAAAAUUCAUCAGAAUUGCAUGGAAAUUUAUUGGUAAUUUGAGGAUUUCUAGCAAUGUUCACCGAUAUUUUUACUAAAAUGAUAACAUUUGCAGUGUUUCCCAAGACUCAGAAAUCAGAAAAAAUACUCUUUAAGAAUUCACAAAAGUGUAGAAAGAGAGAGAGAGAGAGAGGGAAAAGGAGAAAGAAAUUCAGGGAUAAAACGUGCAUAUGAUUAGUAAUAAUAAAAAAAAUACAUAUAUAGUGCCAUUCUAAGGAAAAAAUUCAUUAAAAAAUCACAUUUAGAAGUUUCGUUUUUUUGGGGCAAAUUUAUCAGAAGCAAAAUAAUAAUCUUUUUUCUUCCUCUCCUCAAGAAUCAAGACGCAAAACUUGCAUUUAUUUACAUUUUCUCAUGAGUUCAAGGCAGUUUAAGUCGCUGUCCUUGAAUUGAAGCUUCGCAAUCCUUGAAUUUCAACCAUAAAUUCUAGACUAUAUUUAGGAAAAAACCUCUAUGAGAUAUUAACCAGCGGUAGUGUGACACCUAAAAUUCAUAUAUAAGUGUUCUGUUUGUAUUCAUUGAGCGUGUUAUUAGUGGUUUGCAAUUUAAUGACCCAAAUAGGUAAUUAAUGCGAUUAUUUACUUAUGGACAGUAUGUCGUUUUUAAAUUAUAACAAGCAAAGAUUGUUAGCAUAUAAAGUACACAUUUUAGUGUUUCAUCGCUUCUUCAUGGAUAAAUUCUAAUUGAUUGAAUAACUUUAUAAGGAAUGUUGAAUGAUUCUUUGCAUCUCUUUAGUGAGGAAAAAUUCAUUUUGUACAUUAAAUUAUGAUGGAUAUUGUGCGAAACGAGUUUGGGAAACACACACACAAACAA